AUGCAGCCUCCUCGUUGUUGUUCCGGGGGACGAGGGUGUGUUUGGCCCGUCGGUCCAGAGCAGGCGUCCCGACGUCCAGGCCCCCGACCCGGCGCUGGAGUCCCCCGGGAGCAGAUCCACACCGGCUGGAGUCUGCUGCUGGUCCACAGGAGGUCGGAGCUCAAGCUGAGCGCCGGCUGUGGACCACCAGCAGCAGCCUCCUUCCCUGCGAGAGAGAGAACAAACCAUUCAACAACGUCGAAAGUUGCCUACUUCAAGAGGAAAUAUGCGGAGGAGGAGGAUUUACACGGAGGCCUACAUAGAUAUUUUCAAAAACACCUGAUCCUGCAGGAGGACCGCAGCUGCAUCCUGAAGCUGUCCCUGGAGAAGCUGAGGUUCCUGGAGGACCCCGAGGCCUACCUGCGGCGCUCCGUCCUCAUCAACAACCUGCUGAGGAAGAUCCACCAUGAGGAGGAGGAGCUGGAGGCUGAGGAGGAGGAGGAGGAGGAGGAAGAAGAUGAUGUAGAGGAGGAAGAGGAGGAAGAGGAGGUCAUUGGGGCGAGUGGGCAGCGGAGGCUGAUGUACCCGGACAGGAAGAGAGUGAAGGUGCUGGUGACAGACUGCUGCUCUCCACCGUUCGGCCUUGAGGACCUGCAGCAUUACCGGCUGGUGCCCUGUUACCCUGCAGCCGGAUGCCUGUACGGCCUGGGCUCGUGUCCCGGCCUCGCCCCGAGCCACCAGGUGCUGCUCUACAACCUGGACGACAACGGCUGAGUCCGCAGAGCCCUCUCCGUCGGGCCUCUGUCCACCAAGUCAGGAGAAAGACAAGCAUGCACCGUUUGUUUGAGGAGAAGCUGCUGACCUUUCCCCUUUGGGGUCGCGUGGGGCGUCGGCUCCUUUCUGGAUGUGGCCUCCUCUCGUCUCCUCGACAGGAGGAAGCUGAGAAACCCUGAAUCGUCUCCUGCCUCAGCAUCAACAGGGUUCCUCAAGUUGAUGUCGACCUCCGCCGUUUAGUAUCCGUGCAAAUGUGAAGGACUCUGAGCUUUGAUGAAGGACUUUUAUUUGAUUUAGAUUUGAUUCUCUGUUGCUUUUCGUUGUAACUGUUGCUCAUGUGGACAUUGAGCAUAUUCAGGGAUUUACAGGCGACUUCUGAUGCACCUCAGCUUGUACAUGGACGAGAUGCACUUGUACGCUUCUGUUACCUUUUGAUGCUACUGUGUGAUUUAUGAAAUAUUCACUGGAUCCUCAUCCUCUGAGGUGCUUUCACUGCCUGCGGGAGAAACGACUGUUUCCGGUCCUGUUUGAUGUCCUGUGUUCAUUCAAUAGGCUCUUGGUUGUUUUCAUUUAUUUUAUCCCGUUGCUGCCCUCUGCUGGUCAAAGAAUCACCUGGCAGCUCUUCUUCAUGGCUGAUGUGUUGAUAUGAUAAUGAUGAGAAGAAAUAUGCAGUUAUAAGCAGAUUCAGUUUUAUUAAUGUAUUUAUAAACAAUAUGUCAUCAAUUGAAGGUGUAAGGAUAUGACUUAUAUCUUCAUAGACAAAGUUAAAUUAAUGAUAAAGUCUUUUAAAUUGUCAUUAUUAUUAUUAUUAUUAUGAAUGUGUUCUGAAGGAAUACACUCAUAAAUGCUUAUUAUAAAGAAGGUGAAAGUAAAGUUGUUGAAAAGGUUAAAACAACAAAAUGACAUCUCGUCCAAAAAUGGUUUUCGUGAAUAAGUUUCAGCUGUUUUUGUUUGUUUUAAAGCUGAAUAUCAAAGAGCAGAAUGUCUUUAAAUUGAUUCUUAUAUUUCAUAUUUUCUACUUUGAGUCCUGAUUAAAAACAGCGCAGGUGACUGAGUUCUCUCUAGAACUGUCAGAAGAUGUUUUAUUAUUCAAUGCGGCAAAAUGUUUGUUUCAUAAAAGUGACUAAUCUGCAGCGCGGCGAUGAAUGACUCAUCCUCUCUCAGUGUUUCUCUCUGUGGUUCGUCUUUUCUGUGCGUCUGCAAGUUUUACUGCAUUUGAAAAAAUGUGCAUCCUGAAAACACUGAAAAAAAUACACAGUGACAAAGUGAAGGCAACUAUUAAAAAAACUUGAAAUUUUAAAACAAGAAUUUAUAUUUUGAUGAAAUCCACAUUUAAGAUAAACUAUUUUGAAAAAAGGAGCCAUUGAACUUUAUUUCAGGUGAUUGAUUAUCUAAUAAAGUAUGAAACGUGACAAUGUU